AUAUAAAACUGACAACUGUCAAAAUCGUGAAACAGUUUUCUAACCUAGCGUUGAACAUAAUUUCACAACAGUUUUUAAAUAUUUCAAAGAUGUAUGAGAACGAGUAUAUUUAUUUUAAUUGAAUUUACAUUCUUCUAAAUAUUUUUAUUCUAUAUAGAAGUAAAGUUCCUCUCGUGUACGCGCGAAGUAAGAAAAAAUAGUUUAGUAAUGCUUAGAGCGAGAGCGGUAUCUGCAAUUUACAUCGAGAGCCAAGCCCUCGAACUGCUCUCCGCGGCAAGAAGAGAUGUUUACAAACUAUUCCGUUCCAGUUCCCUGUGCAGUCAGGCAUCUGCGUCACAGCUGCCAAGGAAAAUAAAGCGCUAUAGAACGACAGUGUUAACGUCCCCAAGAGGUGGGUCGGAGCAUGCCGCGGCGCAAGCUGCCAGUGCCCCGGCCGGGGGCGGCGGCGGCAGGGUCCCGGCCGGCGGCGGCGGCAGUGGCGGCGCCAGGCAGGCGGCGCGCCGCUCCUGGACACUCGCCGCCACCGCGCUCACGGUCACGGCAUCCCUCGGCGGGGUGUACUUGUACCGAAAACUGAGUGAAGAGAAAAAGGACAUAACCGACUCAGAGGAGCCGCGCGCUGCCAGCGCUCCCAGCGCGGUGCCGGAGCCCGAGCCCGUGCCCGGCGACGGCGCCGCCUUCCCCGCGCACGUACAGUACCUGCUGGUGGGCGCCGGCACCGCCUCCUUCGCCGCCAUGCGCGCCAUCCGCUCCGCGCGGCCCGACGCGCGCGUCCUGCUGGUGGGCACGGAGCACGAGCUGCCCUACAUGCGGCCGCCGCUCAGCAAGGAGCUGUGGCGCGAGCCCGACCUGGCCGCGCGCGCGCCCCACCUGGACGCGCUGUCCUUCCGCCAGUGGAACGGCCGGCGCCGCGCCGUGGCCUACGAGCCCGCCGCCUUCUACGCCGACGUGGAGCAGCUGCGGGACGCGGGCGGCGCCGCCGUGGCGCGCGGUUGGCGCGUCGUGCGCGUGGACGCGGCGCGCCACGAGGCCGAGCUGCGCGCGCCCGGCCGCGCGCCCGUCACGCUGCGCUACGACAAGUGCCUGCUGGCCACGGGCGUGCGCGCGCGCCGCACCGAGGCGCUGCGCGACGCGGCGGCGGCGGGGCGCGCGCUGGCGCUGCGCGGCGUGCGCGACGCGGCGCGGCUGGCGCGCGCACUGGAGGAGCCGGGCGUGCGGCGCGUGGCCGUGCUGGGCGGCGGCUUCCUGGCCUGCGAGCUGAGCGCGGCGCUGGCGGAGCGCCUGGCGCCCGAGGGCCGCACGGUGACGCAGCUGUUCCGCGAGGCGGCGCCGCUGGGCGCGGUGCUGCCGCCGUACCUGGCGGCGGAGGCGGCGCGGCGGCUGCGCGCGGCCGGCGUGCUGCUGCGGCCGGGCUGCGAGCUGCUGCGGGGCGAGCUGCGCGAGGACGGCGUGGCGCUGCGCCUGGCGGACGGGGCGGACGAGGCGGCCGACCUGGUGGUGGAGUGCGUGGGCAGCGAGGUGGAUGACGACCUGGCGCGGGCGUCGGGGCUGGAGACGCACCCCGAGCUGGGCGGACUGCUCGUCAACGCGGAGCUGCAGGCGCGUAGCGACGUGUACGCGGCGGGCGACGUGGCGUGCUUCUACGACGUCGUGCUGGGACGGCGCCGCGUGGAGCACCACGACCACGCCGUCGUGUCCGGCCGCCUCGCCGGCGAGAACAUGGCGGGGCUCGUCCCGCCCAAGCACUACACGCACCAGAGCAUGUUCUGGAGCGACCUCGGCCCACAGCUCGGUUACGAGGCCAUCGGCAUCAUCGACUCGCGGCUACCCACAGUGGGAGUCUUCUCGGCGGACGCCGUCUCCGAAGAAGCUGGCGCCGCACAGCUAGCCGCCGCGCAUGACGCCAGCGGCGCCGCCGUCGCGGUGCCCGCCAACGACGUGGCUGUGGCGCCCAGCGCGGGGCCCAGCGCGGGGCCCAGCGCGGGGCCCGGCACGGAGGCGGAGGCGCGGCGGUACGAGCGCGGCGUGGUGUUCUACCUGCGCGAGCGCCGCGUGGUGGGCGUGCUGCUGUGGAACCUCUUCAACCGCAUGCACGUGGCCCGGCAGGUGCUGGCGCAGGGCGAGUUCGAAGACCUGUUCGAGGUGGCCAAGCUGUUCUCUCUGCACGAGGACGAGUAGAGGACACACCGGGCCCGGGAGUCGCACGCAUUUAUCUGUUAUAUUUGUAAAUAACUAAUAUAAAACAAUAAAACUGAUCUAGUGACUA